AUGCUCUCCCCGCGUCAUGGCAGCAGCGGCUCCGGUGGUGGUAUUAUGCAGCAUCACUGGGGUUAUUUCACCCGGGAAUUGCCGUGCACUAGCGAUCCGGGGAAUUGCGCGUACUUGGAUGCUGUGUAUGGGGGGCAUGAUUUGUCGAUGAUAUAUAGCGCUAUUCUUUGGGCGGUUAUUGGGGGUGUUCUUUUGGUUUGCGCUGUGGUUAAUUAUUUUCCGGUCUCGCGACGAGUUACCGGUGCCGGGACCAAGGAAGUCGAGCAACCGAAUGAGCGACAGAGCACGGUAUAUCGUGUUUGGAGAUUUGUCACCGCCGCAUCGAAUCGCUAUCUUCUUCCGGAAUCUCUGACGCCCGUGUUUGGACACACGACCCGACUCAACAUUCUCAUCCUCGUCAUUUUAAUCGGAUACCUCACCAUUUUCACAUUCGUCGGAAUCACAUACAAAACAUGGUACAGCCCCGUCGAAGGAACGAAACUGCAGACGACACGAGUCGGACUGGGCCCCUGGGCUGAUCGGAUCGGGGUCAUGGCAUACGCAUUGACGCCGCUAUCCCUGCUUCUCAGCAGCAGGGAGUCAUUGCUCUCCUUGAUCACUGGCAUCCCAUACCACCACUUCAACUUCCUGCAUCGCUGGCUGGGAUGGAUAAUCUAUAUCCAGUCCGCUUUGCACACGAUCGGCUGGACCGUCGUGGAAGGACGCCUGUAUCAGCCGCAGCCGCAGAAGUGGAAUGAGUUCAUAUCGCAGCAGUACAUCAUCUCCGGUAUUGUUGCAAUGAUUUGCAUUACCUUUCUUGUCCUGCAUAGCACGAAAUGGUGCAUCAGACUGACUGGAUAUGAAUUCUUCCGAAAGUCGCAUUAUGUUAUCGCCAUGGUAUAUGUUGGGACUUGCUGGGGACACUGGGAUAAGUUGAGAUGCUGGAUGAUCGCGUCGCUUAUCGUGUGGAUGUUAGAUAGGACUAUACGAUUCGUGCGUGUUUUCGUCGUGCAUUGCGCGGGUAGUGCAGGGUUGAAUUAUUCCUUAUGUGGCAGUGUUCUGGUCCCUAAGGCCAAGAUGAUUUCUUUCCAUAAUGGUCAGGAUGGAGAUGUGGUCCGCUUGGAUUUCCAGCAUGACUAUCCGUCAUGGGAAAUCGGUCAACAUUUUUAUUUAUGUUUCCCUGAACUUAGUGUUUGGCAGUCGCACCCGAUGACACCGAGCAGUGUUCCAGUACAAAAUCCGCAGGGACAGGGCCAGUCGCAUUCGUACAUCAUCAGGGCAAAGAAGGGCCUGACCAAGGACCUGGCAGGGAUUGCCCGCGAGACCCAGACGGAAUCAGGAUCGUCACUGGACGGAGGAAGAACCACGGAGAUUCUUCUCUCAGGUCCGUACGGACAGUCGAUAGCCGACACUGAUCUGAUCAGAACAGACGACAUUAAUCUCUUCUGUGUCGCUGGCGGCACGGGAAUAACAUUUAUUCUGCCGGUGUUAAUGUCGCUGGCGGCGAGCAACCAAUUGUGUUGCAGAAAAGGGUUGACGGAAUUUGUCUGGGUUAUUCGACGGAAGGCGGAUAUGCAAUGGAUCAGCACGGAGCUUGACACUUUGCGCGAAGCUGCGGAAAUCUUCCCCUCGUUGCGAAUUCGCAUUUUCAUUACCCGAGAGGAGCUCUCAAGUGACGGUACAUCAUCCGAAUCCACUAAUGCCAACCUGAUGGACAAGGGAUUCUCUGACAAGACCGUUGAGAACUCUUGUUGCGGGCAACCAUCUCCGAAUGAAGAUGACCAGCCAUUUAUGGUCCAGCAUAUCAAGAACUCCGACACAGCACACCCGAACCUUGCGCCAAUUCUUGGUAACUUCGUCUCUAGGACAGUUGCUGGACCGAUAAGAGUGAUGGCCAGUGGGCCUCCGGGAAUGAUAUCGGACCUUAGGAAGGCGGUGGCAUUAUCGAAUGAUCCUGGUCGGGUUUGGACAGGAGACGAGAGAUGUGAUGUACAGUUGGUGUAUGACGAUCGUGUGGAGUGGUAA